UUCUUUAUGAAGAUUGAGGAGAAAGUGUAUGCCAAAGAGGAAGAAACACGUCAGCUCCAACCAAGAACCCAGGAAAAGAAAGAAGCUGAGAUCAAACAGCUAUGGAGAAAUCUCAAUUUCAAAGCAACUCCCAUUCCUGCCUUCUAUCGUGAACCUGACCACCGCUCAUAAAAAAUCAAGGUUUCUUCGGGUUCAAAAGCUAAUGUACUUAAUCAACAUAAAAGGUAUACUGCUUUACCAUGUUGAAAAUGUGGGAUAUUUUGGUAGCACUGAUUCAUACUAUUUGUCUCAACCUCAUUUAUUAUUGAAUGAUGUAGCACUGAAGAACAACCAAUAG